CAGGAUUCUUGUACUGUCUGAUAAUGACGUAGACGCUUAUUUUGCCAUGUAUAACUUACUGUCUGAUAAAAAAUAAUUCAGGAUAAGGACCUGUGUGUUGGCGUAAUGUCUGACGAAGAGGUACCCUCCACUUCCCGCGAUGCCAAGCAGGAGUCGGAGGAGGACGAGCCAGCCUUUCAUCUGAAGCCGCCACCCAAGGCAGCCGUGAAAGAGGGCACCGUCGACCCGGAGUAUGAGGAGAAGAGGAGAACGGACCGAGCGAAUCGCUUUGAGUUCCUGCUGAAGCAGACGGAGCUCUUUGCUCACUUCAUCCAGCCGGCCUCGCAGAAAUCCCCCACCUCGCCCCUGAAGGUGCGCGUGGGGAGACCCCGCAUCAAGCAGGACGAGAAGCAGGACCUCCUGUCUGUGGGCGACAACCGGCACCGUCGCACUGAACAGGAGGAGGAUGAGGAGCUGCUCUCGGAGAGUCGCAAGGCCGCAAACGUGCUGGUGCGCUUCGAGGAGUCCCCCUCAUAUGUGAAGAAUGGCACUUUGAGAGACUACCAAGUACGAGGCCUGAACUGGAUGAUCUCUCUCUAUGAGAAUGGCAUCAAUGGCAUCCUGGCUGAUGAGAUGGGUUUGGGGAAGACUUUGCAGACCAUAGCCUUGCUGGGCUACCUGAAGCACUACCGCAACAUCCCCGGGCCCCACAUGGUGCUGGUGCCCAAGUCCACCCUUCACAACUGGAUGAACGAGUUCAAGCGCUGGGUCCCCACUCUGAAAGCCGUCUGCCUCAUUGGAGACAAAGAUGCAAGGGCAGCGUUCAUCCGUGACGUGAUGAUGCCGGGCGAGUGGGACGUGUGCGUCACCUCCUACGAGAUGGUCAUCAGGGAGAAGUCUGUCUUCAAGAAGUUCAACUGGAGAUACCUGGUCAUUGACGAGGCCCAUAGGAUAAAGAACGAGAAGUCUAAGCUGUCGGAGAUUGUGCGUGAGUUCAAGACAACCAAUCGGCUUCUUCUGACUGGUACGCCCCUUCAGAACAACCUCCAUGAGCUCUGGUCUCUGCUCAACUUCCUCCUCCCAGAUGUCUUCAACUCUGCUAAUGACUUUGACUCGUGGUUUGACACUAAUAACUGUCUGGGUGAUCAGAAGCUGGUUGAGAGACUGCACGCAGUUCUGAGGCCGUUUCUGUUGAGGAGAAUCAAAGCGGACGUGGAGAAGAGCCUCCUGCCUAAGACGGAGACGAAGAUCUACCUGGGACUCAGCAAGAUGCAGCGCGAGUGGUACACUCGCAUCCUCAUGAAGGAUAUCGACAUCCUGAACUCGUCCGGCAAGACGGACAAGAUGCGUCUGCUGAACAUCCUCAUGCAGCUGCGCAAGUGCUGCAACCACCCGUACCUGUUCGACGGCGCCGAGCCGGGGCCCCCCUACACCACGGACACACACCUGGUCACCAACAGCGGCAAGAUGGUGGCCCUCGACAAGCUGCUGCCCAAAGUGAAGGAGCAAGGAUCCCGAGUGCUGAUUUUCAGUCAGAUGACGCGUGUCUUGGACAUCUUGGAGGACUACUGCAUGUGGAGGGGACACGAGUACUGCAGACUAGAUGGAAACACUCCCCAUGAAGCCAGAGAGCAAGCCAUCGAGGCGUUCAACGCGCCCAACAGCAGCAAGUUCCUGUUCAUGCUGAGCACGCGGGCGGGGGGGCUGGGCAUCAACCUGGCCACGGCCGACGUGGUCAUCCUCUACGACUCCGACUGGAACCCGCAGGUGGACCUGCAGGCCAUGGACCGUGCCCACCGUAUCGGUCAGAAGAAGGCGGUGCGUGUGUUCAGGCUGAUUACGGAGAACACGGUGGAGGAGAGGAUCGUGGAGAGAGCCGAGAUGAAGCUGCGCCUCGACUCCAUCGUCAUACAGCAAGGGCGCCUGAUCGACCAGCAGUCCAAUAAGCUGCAGAAGGACGAGAUGCUGCAGAUCAUCAGGCAUGGGGCCACGCACGUCUUCGCCUCCAAGGACAGCGAGCUCAAGGACGAGGACAUCGACCCCAUCCUGGAGAGAGGAGCUAAGAAGACAGCGGAGAUGAACGAGCGACUGGAGAAGCUGGGCGAGGGUUCUCUGAGGAACUUCACCAUGGAUACGGGAGCAGAGACCAGCCUGUACAACUUUGAAGGCGAAGACUAUCGUGAGAAACAAAAGCUUAGCAUGAUGGAGUGGAUUGAACCUCCAAAACGGGAGCGCAAGGCCAACUACGCUGUGGACGCCUACUUCAGAGAAGCCCUGAGAGUCAGCGAACCCCGAGCACCAAAGGCUCCUCGGCCCCCUAAGCAGCCCAACAUCCAGGACUUCCAGUUCUUCCCCCCGCGCCUCUUUGAGCUGCUGGAGAUGGAGAUCCUGCACUACAGGAAGACCAUCGGGUACAAGGUGCCCAGAACUCCAGACAUCCCCAAUGCAGCUCAAGUCCAGAAGGAGGAGCAGCGCAAAAUAGAUGAAGCGGAACCGCUCUCACCUGAGGAGACCGAGGAGAAGGAGAAACUACUCACACAGGGAUUCACGAGUUGGAAUAAGCGUGACUUCAAUCAGUUCAUCAAAGCCAAUGAGAAGUACGGGCGAGAUGACAUAGACAAUAUCGCUCGAGAAGUUGAGGGCAAAACUCCUGAGGAAGUCAUAGAAUAUUCUGCGGUCUUCUGGGAGCGCUGUAACGAGCUGCAGGACAUUGAGAAGAUCAUGGCCCAGAUCGAGAGGGGAGAAGCUCGCAUCCAGAGACGCAUCAGCAUCAAGAGGGCGCUGGACGCAAAGAUCGCGCGGUACAAGGCGCCGUUUCACCAGCUGCGGAUCCAGUACGGGACCAACAAGGGCAAGAACUACACGGAGGAGGAGGACCGCUUCCUCAUAUGCAUGCUGCACAAGAUGGGCUUCGACAAGGAGUACGUCUACGAGGAGCUCCGCCAGUGUGUGCGCAACGCGCCGCAGUUCAGAUUCGACUGGUUCAUCAAGUCCAGGACCGCAAUGGAGCUCCAGAGACGCUGCAACACUCUCAUCUCCCUGAUCGAGAAGGAGAACAUGGAGAUCGAGGAGAGGGAGCGGGCCGAGAAGAAGAAGAGAGCCCCUAAGGGACAGAGUCAGGCGCACAAGAGGAAAGCUGACGCCGACUCCUCUGGGCGCAAGGAGAAGAAAGCUCGCACCUGAAGGCCUCGUUAGGGUGCUGUGGAGCAUUAUGACUAAUUCAGACACACACACACGCACACACACGCACACACACAAACAUACACACUCACUUACCAACCAAUCCAUUUGCUCGCAUUUCCAAUAAUCCCAUAAUCUGUGCAUGGUUGUAUGCUGAAAAGAAGAAUACUAGAGCAAACCCAGUAGGUGUGCUUGGCUUGAUGUUCACCCGGGAGGAGCUCACCCUCCCCCCCCCCCUCCCCCCCCCCCCCCCCCCUCCGAGACCCAUGGCAGACUGUGACGUCAUAAAGACAUUGUGAUCGCGUGCGGUCGGGUUGACGCUGAAUCUCUGAGCCAGUGAGAUGAGAAGCCGUGGCUAUGCUGUAACAUGUUCACCAGGUGGCGCUGUGACGUAUGGAGAUGUGUUCAGUCAAACCCACCCCACCCCUCAUGUCUCCACUCCCGAGUGUGUUGCAUUUGCUGUGUGCUAGUAAUCGUGUCACGCUCAUGGAAUAUCAAUAGUAAAUAGUGAGGUUCUGGAUAAGAAAAAAAACAAACAAACAAACAAGCAAAAUGGAUCUAAGUCAUUAUUUUGUGAAGAUGGCUGUCUCUGCUGGCUGCAAGGCUUCUGAUUUGUACGGGGUUUCUUUCCCAGCCUUUUUUAUAUAGUAUAGUCGUUUAAUGCACUUUGAAGAAAAAAACCCCCGAAGAGUUCAAACAUCAUAUCUGAUGUCUUUUUGAUUUCGGCAUGCGGAGAGAAAAAAAAGAAAGGGCAGUUUUAUGUCUGUUUGUUGUGAUUCUGUGUUUGCCUGAUAAGCUGUUAUGCAAGUUACGUACCGCAUCUUGUAUUACCCCACAUGAUGACUUUUGCACAUAUCUUGAGCAUUUUUCUACAUUUCAUUGAAAGGGUCAUAUGAGCUUUUUACAUAUUCAUAUUUUAAUCUUUUCAUGGUUUCCCCCUUUCUAUGUAUUAGCUUAGUGUUAUUAAAUAAAACCAAAAAAUGACUGAAUGGCUGUGUGGGGGUGUUUGUAUUUAUGUCCGGAAAAUACAUGUAGAUUACAAAUAUCGUAAUUUCCCAACUAUUAGCCAUGGCUUAC